GCUAAGGAGACUGGGAGGGUUUGAUUUGAAAAGGAAAGAGCUCCUUACAAAAGCGGACAAUUUGCUAGUUCACUUUCACAUAGCAAUGCAAUAUGGCUACUUCAUACUCUUCUUCCAUCCUCACCACCACUGCCUUGUUUCUCCUCCUCCUCCACCUCUCUUCCUUCCACAACAACCUGGCAGCCAAGCACGCCCACCACAGCUCCUCCACCGCCCACCACCAACACCGCCACAGCUCCUCCCACGUCUCCAACCCGAAGCUCCACCAGGCCUACAUUGCCCUCCAGGCAUGGAAGCGCCUAAUCAUCUCUGACCCCAAAAACUUCACUACCAACUGGGUAGGUCCAUCCGUCUGCAACUACACCGGUGUAUACUGUGCACCGUAUCCCGGCACCAAAACCACCACAGUUGCAGGUAUUGACCUAAACUCGGCUGACAUAGCCGGCCUCCUCCCUGACGAAAUCGGCCUCCUCUCCGACCUCGCCCUUCUCCACCUCAACAGCAACCGGUUCUGUGGAUCCAUCCCACAGAGCUUAGCAAACAUGAGCCUCCUCUUUGAGCUUGACGUCAGCAACAACAGAUUUGCAGGCCCUUUCCCUCAAGUUGUGAUCUCUCUCCCAACUCUUCGAUACCUCGACCUUCGGUACAACGAAUUUGAAGGGCCAGUUCCUUCUGCCCUCUUCAGCCGAGCCAUUAAUGACGCGAUAUUCCUCAACAACAACCGCUUCACCUCUGUGAUUCCAGCAAGCUUCACCAAAAGUUCAGCCACUGUCUUGGUCUUUGCCAACAACAACUUUGGAGGCUGCCUCUCACCAACCAUAGCCAAUUUCGCCGAUACGCUGGAGGAACUGCUUCUCAUCAAUACUAGUUUGUCUGGAUGCUUGCCACAAGAGGUGGGAUUCCUCUACAAAUUGAGACUGCUUGAUGUGAGCCACAACAAGCUGCUUGGUCCAAUCCCUUACAGCAUUGCAGGGCUAGCUCACUUGGAGCUGCUGAAUUUGGCUCACAACAAGAUGAGUGGAACAGUGCCAGAAGGAGUAUGCACUCUGCCAAACCUGGCAAACCUCACCAUCUCUUACAACUUCUUCUGUGAGGAAGAGGGCAUCUGCAGGAACUUGACAUCAAGGCACGUCGCCUUUGAUGAUCGACGAAACUGCCUGCCGGAGAAGCCACUCCAGAGGAGCAAGAAAGAAUGUGAACCGGUGACUGAGCAUCCAGUCGACUGUUACGAAUAUCGAUGAUAUUAACAAGAGCUGCUGCUUCAAUGGCUGUGUCUUCAUCACCUCUAGCCAUGGUUAGUGAGCUUGAAGAUAGAAUAAAGAUCCAGUUUGGGCAUGUAGUUUGUCUGUAAAUCCUUUUAAUUAGUUUUCAAGUGUUUGCUUAUCUAUGUAUAAAUCGUAAAUAUCACAAAGAUAUAUACGUAAUUAAUCUAAAAAAUUUCAGAUUUUUCAAACUUAUCAUACCAUGAGUCUUUUCA